AUGAAUCUUCAAUUCUACAUUAUUUUUAUCAUCUAUGCUAUUUCAACAAACCUAAUUUCUACACAGGACUUCUUCAAAGCACAAUUAUCACCGUCAGCUUUCACAUUCGUACCAUAUUUGGAUGGCGAAGUAACUGUCUAUGAACAUAUACAAAAUGGUUCACGUCUCUUUGUACCACCGUUGGCCGUACUAUAUCUUAAUCAGACGCGUGUCUUCUAUAAUCGUCUGAGUGGCAAAUAUCUCUUACGUCUUUCAUUAAUACUCUAUACAAAUGAAUUGCGUACAACAAUUUUAAAAUAUGUAUCGCAUACACGGAAUCGAUGCAGUCCACCACAAGAAAUAUGUGACAUAAAAAUGGUACCAACUGAACGUCUUCGAGUUGUGUGGAAACGUACAAAUAAAAUGUCAUCCGAUUAUAAUUUAGACACAAGUUGGCAAUCGAAUACAGCACUUCUAAAUAAAAUAGAUGUGCAUAUUGAAUGUACUACAAAUCAAACAUGUGAUGAUUUAUUGAAUGAUGUUUUAGAAACGCCAGAUAUAUUGAAUGGUUUGGAAUUAGAAUAUAGUACACAAACUGAGAAGCAAGCACGUAAGAUGGUUACAAUUACUGGUCAGCAUGUUAUGAAAACACAGAUGUAUUCACAACUAAAGCAAUUACCAUCAUCAACUACGGAAAGCAGUGUACGCUAUCUACUUGUUGAUGAUAUGAAUCAACUAUUAACUGAAAUAUUGACAACAAUGGAAUUAGAAGAAAUAACUGAUUCCGGUUAUAUUACACAAGAUGAUCAAAAAACAUUGACAGAUCUGUUGAGACAACGUCUUUCAUUAAAUGUUGAAAUAUUACAUGGCCACAUGGAACGACAAUGGAAUUCAGUCUAUUGGAAUUCCGAUAAUAUACGUCCAGAUCGAAUCGUCAAUUUAUUAAAUGAUGAAUUAGAACAUUUAAGGAAUAAAACUAUCCUUACACAUCAAAAUCAGACGUCUGUUGAACAGCAACAACAUCAAAAACAAAUUGACGAGGGAAGUGCACAUGCAAGUUAUGAUACUUCAGAAAAUCUAUCCAAUAGUAAUCGAAAUAAAACUGAUAGACUCAAUGACCGUGCUGGUAGUAAUUCAACAGGACAAAAACUUAUUGAUCAAAACAGCCGCGAUCAAUCACAUGGUCAUAGUUAUCAAGACAGUUCAUCGAAUAGUCGCUAUCGUGACCGUUCAUCUAGUAGCAGUACAGAUGCUAAAGCAACCUUUGCCGGGUUCGGCGCUGGUGUGUCGCUUAGCAAAUCAAAUUCACACAUCGAUGGCGAUUCUUCAUCUCGUUCACAUUAUGGUUCUAAUGAUUGGCGUAAUGCAAUGAGUAAAUACAGCGAUCGUUCACAAGAAGGAAGUAACGCGUGGAAAGAUACACAAGGAACUGGUGAUGAUCUAUCGGGGUAUAAUGCGACUGCAUGGCGACACGCAGCUAAUCAGAAUCAACAAACAGCACAUGAUCAUUCAAGCACUGAAGAAGAUGCUCAGUCAUUUCAAGAAUUAAGACAUCAAAAUUUUGAUUUCUAUAAAAAUAAUCGUCAAUUUAUUGAGUUUACAGGUGAAAAGUUCAUUGUUAAGCCAGUUAAAGCUUACAAAUUGAAUCUAGCUACAUUUCAAGAAAAUACAAAAUUUGUGCACAGAAGUAUCGUUGUAUCACAUAUAGAUUUGAUACAUGCAGUACCGAUUCGGAUUCUGUCAUUAUCUUCAAAUGCAUUACUAGCGCCGGUACCAGUUAUAGAUAAUUAUACCAACGUAUUUGAAUUGAAAUUACGUGAACUAAAUGAAGAACUAACUGUGACGAAACUUGCACUGGCCAAUGUGAAACUGUCGCUGUCAACAAUUGAAAAUAAUACCGAAAAAUCAAAGUUACAUACAACCAUUCAUUUGACAGAACUUAAAUCAUCAGUGACAACAAACAAAAAUAAUGUUGAUGAAUUAAAGCUACACACAACAAGCCAGUUGACAGAACUUAAGUCAUUACUAACAGCAGUUGAACAUAAUGUCGAUGAAUUAAAGCUACACACAACCAGCCAGUUGACAGAACUUAAAUCAUCAGCAACAGCUGCCGAUAAUAAAUUAUCAGCUCUAUUAACAACACAAGCAGAAAAGGAUAAAGUGUUGACACUAUUCACUGGAGAAAUCCGUUUGUAUACAUCAUCUACCACGGAUUUACCUGCUAACUGGCUUCGAUGUGAUGGCUCGAAGAUAUCGCGUGUUACAUAUUCUCGACUCUUUGCUGUGAUUGGUACAACUUAUGAUGUGGACAAUACUGAUACGGCUACUUUUCAACUACCUGACCUACAAGGUCGUGUUGUGAUAGGAAGAGAUCUUUCUAAAAUCCGAACAGAUUAUGCUAUCAAGAUAGGUGACGCAGGUGGACAUGCGAAACAUACUUUAACAACUGAUGAACUACCAUUACAUUAUCAUGCGUCCGGUUCGUUGAUGACGGAUAUGGAGGGAUCACAUACGCACAGUAUUUACGAUCCAGGACAUAAACAUGAUGCUAAAAUACUUGAGGACUAUGGGUCUGAUUCAUCAGAAUAUUUUCAUGUUAGCACAUCAAACGGAAAAAGUGGUUGGUACACUAGCCGAAUAGACGUCACGUCGAGUACUACAAACAUAAUCUUACAUCGUGCGGGUGAUCAUAGACAUGCAGUGUACGGAUAUACAAACGUGACAGGAAAUGGACAUCCGUUUUCACUACUCAAUCCAUACCUAACAUUGGACUACAUUAUAUAUGCUGAUUAA